CCACUGCUUUAUUGUUAUAUGAGUUAAGAAGAGAGAUUGGAUAUUUUGAGAAAAUUAACAAUGAUAUAGGCAGAUAACAUGUAACGCCUUAUAAAGCAAAAUACGAAUGUGAAUGUAGUGAAUGAAAUAUUUGGUGGUUCUUGUAUCUUUGUGCUAUCAGCUAUUCUGCUGAACUUCGACGAGAAGAGGUUUAUUGAUCCUAUGAAAGCCCUGUAUCUCUGUAGUAAUUACUCGCUUGGAGGUGUUUAGGAUAUACGGGAACAAAAAGCUGCGGCCUUCAGAAGUAGCAGAGUGCAAGAUAACUUUGCCUACGACAGUACAAUUACGUGUUGCGCGGAGAAGCAUUUGGUGCGGGUUGCUUGAAAGGUAGUAAUGACAAAUGUCAGUGAAGAAAUAGGCUGAUGUACCUGUACAUUUAAAGGAGAAUACUAAAUCUUUCGAUGCUUACGCUCCAAUAGUAAAUUGACUGACGCGUUUCAUGGUUGUUAGUGUGAGCGGGUUGUGUGACUCGGUUCUGUUUUGUUUGUGAAGAACGUUAUGUAAUUUUGUGAAUCACUGAAGUUGAUGGUAAUUAUCAUUUUCGCUCUUAGAAAAAGUUGAAGCAAAAUGUUUAAAUUAUAAAACCCUCCAUGUCCUUUAAUCAACCAGGACCAAGUGCGUCUGUACCACUGUGCAGUAAUGAUUUUUUUGGGAAUGUUAGUUUUACUUAGCCUUUUUGAAUCGGAUGUCUGCGAACCUAUUCAUUCCUUUUUCAGUUAAUGAUGCAUAAGGUAUGAUGAUGUAUUUCCGCAUUGAGCGGAAUGUGCGCAUUAGAACGCGUUUCACCGAUCCAGGUAACACACUGAUCAAUAGACUGUCCAGAGAGAAUAAUCGUGAUGUCUGAAGUCAAAAGGAAAUUAGUUUUGGGUAUUGAUAUUGGAACAACAUCUAUAAAAGUCUGCAUUGUUGAUGCAGCCACGAAACAGACAUUGUCUAAGCAGGCAAAAGAUACUCAAGCAAAUGUGCCUAGCGACCAAGGGUCAGAAGGAAACAAGCAAAAUGUACCUAAAAUUAUUUCUGCAUUGAAUUUUUGCAUAUCUAGGCUCCCAAAGGAUCAAUUGAAAGAUGUGGAGCGUAUUGGGAUUUGUGGACAGAUGCAUGGUGUUAUGCUGUGGACUAGUCAGGAAGGAGAAAAAGCUUGGGAACGAACAGAGGUGUUUACCGGUUGUAGAUAUGAAGCUAAUGCCAAAGCUGUAUCGGCACUAUAUACAUGGCAAGACUCUCGUUGUGACCCACAGUUCCUGGCUACACUGCCAAAGCCUCAGUCACAUCUUCAUGUUUAUUCUGGCUAUGGAUGUGCUACACUGUUCUGGAUUGCUCGCAACAGACCUGAUAAACUUGACAGAUAUAAUUGUGCUGGAACAGUCCAGGAUUUUGCAGUGGCCAUGUUAUGUGAUAUGGAUAAGCCUGUUAUGUCUGUGCAGAAUGCUGCAAUGUGGGGCUAUUUUGACACAAAUACAUCUGAAUGGAAUACUGAUAUUUUACAAAAUGCUGGAUUUCCAACCCAUAUACUACCAAGAAUUGUCAAAAGUGGAGAAGUUGUGGGAAGUCUUGCAAACAGUUGGUAUGGGAUUCCCAGUGGUACUCCUGUAGGAGCAGCAUUGGGGGAUCUUCCAUGUUCAGUUCUUGCCACACUGGAAAAAGAUGAUGAUGCUGUGAUGAAUAUAUCUACAUCUGCACAGCUAGCAUUUGUUAUGAAACCAGAUUUUCAACCUAGUCAUCAAUCUCCAGAGAAACAGACAGUGCUGUAUUUCCCUUACUUUAGUGGGAGAUACUUAGCUGUGGCUGCAUCGUUAAAUGGUGGAAAUGCACUGGCUACUUUUGUUCGUACCCUUCAACAAUGGACAUUAGAACUUGGCUUCAGUGUUCCACAGUCUAAAGUGUGGGAAAAAAUACUGGUUUUGGCUGCUGAGGAAAAUGCAGUUUCAUCACUGAAAGUGAUACCAACAUUGCUGGGAGAAAGGCAUAGUCCUGAACAAAAUGCAACAGUUACAAACAUUGAUUUAGGUAAUCUGUCAUUGGGACAAGUAUUCCGUGCAUUAUGUAGUGGUGUUAUUGAAAAUUUACACAGAUCUCAGCUAUUUGAAAGAGUCAAGAUAUCAUGAAAUUGUAAUCUGGUUUCAUUUUUUAGAUACUCUCAUGCAUUUGCACAUGGUGCUCUCUGAUAUGUGCUCAGUUCUAUGUAUCACUGUGUAAUCUGAUUUCAUUUUUUAGAUAAUCUCAUGCAUUUGCCAAAUUUUGAUGGAUUUUAUUUUAUAUUUCUCUGAUAUGUGACCAGUUCUAUGUAUCACUGUGUAAUCUAGUUUCACUGUUUAGAUAAUCUCAUACAUUUGCCAAGUGGUGAUCACCAGAAAGCCUUGCCUGACAUUAAUCCAUCCUUUGUUAGCUAAAGCUCUCUUAGGACAACAAAUAAAAAUGUAUAAGAUUGUCUCAGAGAGACUGGAAAUCAGCAUUUUGGUUAAUGUUGCUGUUAAUGCCCUGCUGUCCCCUGCAGCAUAUGAGUUUGUUUGUUCUGGUAUAAGCUUAAGGUCUCAUUUCGUAUGGUAACAGACAUUGGUAUUUAUUACAAUUUCUUCACAGCUUGAGGUGCUUCAGAUAUUGUAACAGGAAAUUUUAAAGCAGAGUACUGUAUGUAAAACAGUUAUGUAGGAAACUGUUACCUAAAAAGCUUUAAAAUAGUUUUAUAGUUCUUUUGUAAUGCAGCAAAAAUAUAAGGUAAUUUGCCAGUUUCUUGCCUGUCAACAUUUAUACAGGAUUGUAUUUGAUUGACCUGUUAAAAUUUUGUCAUUAGAUGUAGCAUCAUAGUUAGUUUUGAUGUGCGUGAAGAGCAUGUAUCACUGUUCUAUGUGUUUGCAUUAAAGCAUUAGAAAACUUUAUGUAAUGGAUGACUGUACCUGUCUUCCAUUCUUGUUCAUGUAGCAUUACGAGCUUCUAAAGACAAGUACUCAUAUACCAAGUGCUACAGUUAAAAAUUUUCUUCCAUGUAAAUAUUUUGGCAUCUCAUCAUGCUCAGUAUCUUAUAUUACUUUGUUCUCUACACUUAAUAAUGUCUAAUAGUAAUCUCUAAUGGUUAGCAGAUUUGAUAACACAUGGAAAAAAACUUUUCAGUUGUUUCUCAGUCCAUAAAGUUGUGAAAUUAUUCCAUCCACUCUCUUUAUGUCAACUUCUGAUCAGCUAUCAGAACUUAGAUAAAUGACACUGUACAAGUUGUUAGAUCCGAUCAAAUGAAACCUUUCUAGGCAGUUGUCAUCUACUAUAAGCUCACUUAUCCACCAGUUUUUUAUGCUUUCUUUGUGUCUCUUCAAAUUGAAGGGUACAUCACUCACUGUUUUGUAAAACAUUUCAGGCUUAUCAUAUUUUAACUGAAAAACUGUGAGUGUUCCAUGGUUCUCAGAUGUAUACCAUGUUAUGCAUUACAGAAUCCUCAUUGCUCUUUUUUAUUUGACAUACAGUGUGUUUCAUAUGAAAUCACACACUGUUCUUAAAACUAAAACACAUAUUCGUUAUUUUUUAUUCAUCUUGGGGGUAUCUGUUUUCUGUUAGGUACUUUUUCACUU